AUGGAUCCCCUUAUCACUCCCAGUGAAAAAUUCCUCGACUUUCUCACCCUCGUGUUGAAUAUGUCUCAAGGACAUAAAAUUGUGUUUUAUAUGACACAAGAGUACACUGUCAAUCCCUCCGAGGUCCUCACAGAUUUGUUGGUUCCCCAUAUCCCUGUCCACCCUGGAUCUCCUUACUAUGCCAAACAGCAAAAAACUGCAGGCCAGAGAGGGUAUUUGAAGGAGGAUUCAUGUUCCUUGCCCCAGGACAACCAGCCUGAGUGUAGUCCUACUACUGAAAAUGCACUCAAAUGUCGCAUUGCUGAACUACAGCAUGAAGUAGAUAACUUACGAGAUGGUGGCCCUGUCAAGCAAAAAAACGAUGAUGCCCACUAUGAACAAGUUUAUAUGGGCCGGUGUCUUCGCCGUUUGGUCUCAACCUUUGAACAUCCAAGAGAAUUAGUUGACGAGCGGGACCGUCGCUUAACACUGACUCUUGAUGAUACUUCAUCUAGUGUGUUGCCUACACCAGACCAGGAACGACUGUGGCUAGGCUAUCAAAGCCUCAAAAAAUAUAUACCAUUAAUGAAAAAAUAUCUAGAAGCUGAUGUAACGGAGAUAGAGUUGUUUUACAAAGAUAUUUGCCAGGGUGGUGAUCAUGCACGAGCAGAUGACUCUUUUAACCUAAAGUCUGAUAUAAUUAUUUGGACCAAGGAUAUGUUUCACCAGUGUCCAGCUGUAUGCGCUCUCCACCCAACUAACAAGCUUACUCGUGGUUUUGAGAAUGAAGUGCUGGCAGAAUUACUUUGUCCUGCCGAGUUUUAA